GUUCAGUCUUUCCUUGACCUUAAACACAAUGUGACCCAAACCAUGUUUCUCAAGUUGUGAAAGUGAUAAUAAAAAACUACUGGACCGAUUAGCAAUGCAAUUUGUUGUGAAGAUCCCGAAAUUUUUUGAGCCUUUUUGAAAGUGUUCGUUUCCCCAUUUUGCAAACAUUUUAGUUCGUCGCCGAUAAAAAAACGAGUUUGUUUGGCGACAGUGUUUGAUUUGAUUAUUUCUGACUCAAAUGAAAUUGUGGCCAAAAUCACAAACUAAAUAACUAAAACAUAUAAUUGCUUUGGGCAAACAUUUAUUUAAAAAAAAAUAUGUCUUCAUUCUUCCCUACAAAUCGACUGCAAAAAUUAUAUUUGUAGGGUCUAGUAUCUGCUUAUGACUCGUUCGAAUAAAAAAACGUAUCUGCCUUGGCAAUAAAUAUAGUGGUUAAAUUUAAACCGCCCGACCGAUUUCUCGGCUUUAAGUUUGCCUAACGCUUUUGUUCUCGUAAUAGUGAGAUUAGCACCGAAAAUGCUGGGAUGUGCUUAGUGGGUCUUUGUUGUUAUACAAAUGAAGAUUAGUUAAGGAACUCUCCUUAUAAAUAAAUAACGUUUUACCGCUUUAUACUCGCCAAGGUCGCACUUAUAAUCACAUUAACCAUGAACCCGUACAAUAAGUUUCAAGAUAUGGUUUUAAAGCAAUGGUUGGUCAUGGAUGAUGCACUUUUCCAAGCAUGUGGGUUUUGUCUAGUUGCGGCAUCUGAUGACCAGUCGGUGUUUAUCACUUGGGACAAGUAUUAUUUGCUAAACAUACGCUUUAAGAUGCCAGAGGACAGCUGCAGGAUAAAAAUGACUGCUGUGCGAAUUCCUGUGCCUAAAAGUGGAGGAGGCUAUAUUAGGAGUGUGCAUGCUUUGAGGUACAAUACGAUUCUGCAUAUGUCGAAUGGGGAGUUAUACAGCUUUACCUCAUUUAAGGCCCUGAAUCUUAUAAAAUGGCUCAAUGCAGUUCGUUGUUUAGCUAUAGUCGAUGUGGGAUUCAGCGUGAUUCGAAUAGAGAAUCGCCGACUGCUGCUGCAGACGUAUGUUGAUCUUCCUGAUUGGGAAAAGGACAAGUGUACACUGCAACAUUCAUUUGACAUAACUUUUGACCAGGAGAACAUAUUUCAGAGCGACUGGCAGCAUAACGAAUACACUCUGACAACUUUAAAAGUGACCGAAAAGGAAGAAGAGUUCGCACGAACUCUUUUCGGCACAAGAGCGGCAGAACAAAAUUAUAUUCACAUAUUCAGCAUAGGUGGACAUGUAUUUGCGUUGGCUUAUAAUUACAAAACAACAUCAGAUAGUACCGGUCCUGACUAUAAUAUCGAGCUCCUGUGCAUUUAUGCAGCGCACGUUAAAUUCAUUAAACUGCUACCAAUGGAGAACCUUUGUUUGAUUUUUCUCGGCUCUGGCAGUAUAGACAUGUGGUACACGUCCAGGCUCCUUUCUAUAAAACAGCGUCAAAUUUUUCACACAGGUGCUGAAUGGCUGGACUACGAUGCAACAAGUGCCAAUGGCGACGUCUAUUACACAGACGGGAACCAGCUAGUGCGACUGCGAUUCAAAUACAACGCCCAGCUUGACGAGUGUUUUGUCUACACCUUGACGAAGCCAGUCUCCGGGAUAUACGCAUGCUGUUGGAUAGACCAAAAAGAAGAAUUGUUCUGCCUGAGCGACAACAACACACUUUAUUGCAUUUCUUUUGGGAUGUCCGAAAUGAACGAUCAAACGCUGAGAAUUUCAACGCCGAACUUUGCACCAUCAGCUUUGAUGAGACUGCAGCACAAUGCCGAAGCCUUGCAGGAAUAUAAAAAACAUCCUGAUUCACUAAGGCAAAAAUUAUAUAGGGAGUAUAAGCAACAGCAGCUUAUAUCUAUGAGUAAAAAUAUCCGGAGAGUAAAUGCGGCCAUUAAAACCUCACUGGAAUACCACCUUCAAGUACCUAUUGAUAUUGUCAGGGAUAAUGUUCUUCUACAGGCAGCGCAGAGUCUAGAUCUUGAUCAGAAAAGCUGUAUAUACGCUGUGCUUAACGUCAGACUUAUCGAUAGCCGGCCCCUAUUGCAGGGGACAUUUUGGAAGCUUUUGAUAUGCUAUGACAACCGCAUCAAUGUCCUCCUACUGCCCACAGAAGUACUUGUUAAUAAAAAAUGUUGCGUGGUUAUAGCGUUAAGUAAAAUGAAAAACGAGCAUCUGCCUCAUUUUAAAAUCCAGCUUCUGCAACUUGUGGAACUUAAUGAGCAAUCAUGUGCUGUACUUUUUCAGGUACCGGUAGAAAGUUGUGGAAAUACAUUCCGAGCAAUUUUCAGUGGAAGAAUAGUACCUGCGAAAUACAGGUUGAACAAUAAGCAAUUUAUGGAAAGGAAACCAAGUAUACCAAAAAUCAGGCAGGUCAGCAGUCUUGGAAGUCAAUUCACUUUUCCCAAUAUAGCGGAUCUAUUUUGCAAUGCCGUCUCCAUUCACAAUGACUAUUGUAAAUUGCAUUUUAUAAACGAAAAGUUGCAAUUCCAUUUAAAUGGAAUGUUGGAAAGUAAAGAUGCUUCAGCGAUUUACUAUUUUAAGCAACAUAUUAUUCUAAACUCGGAUCAACUGGAAUCUGCAUCCAAAAAUUAUGACAUGACCUUUCAUACAAUAAUGAGCGACGUUGACCGAUUUCGGUACCGACAAUGUAACGACAUCUUGGCCCCUGGAACAAAUUUUUCCGUUUUAAAGUCAAAAUAUAAUAUCAUUAGAAAUGACAUUCAUUAAGAAUUUUGCGUACAUCGAAACUAUUCAAUAACCUUUUACGCUCACUUUUCUUAUUUAUACCCUAUAGUUAGAUAAACUAAAUCUAAAUCUAAUAAACUAAAUCUAAUCU